UUGGCUGCAGUCUACAUGUUCCACUGUUACACCAACAGGAAGGAGAAGGUUCUGGAAGACUUCCUGGGAAAAGACUGGAAAGAUGAGGGGAGAGACACUCUGGAUGUGUUCCUGAAGAGAGUCAUGGAGAAAUCCCUGAGAAGUAAAAAUGGUCACCUGGACCUGUUUGUUCGCUUCCUUCAUGGCCUCUGUCUGGAGUCCAACCAGAGACUCUUAGGAGGUCUGCUGGAUCAGACAGAGAACCAUCCAGAAAUGAUCCAGAGAGUCAUCGACAACCUGAAGAAGAUGAACAGUGAUGAAAUGUCUCCAGACAGAAGCAUCAACAUCUUCCACUGUCUGAUGGAGAUGAAGGAUCUCUCAGUACAUCAGGAGAUCCAAGAGUUCCUUCAGUCAAAGAACAGAUCAGGGAAAUUCCUCUCUGAGAUCCACUGCUCAGCUCUGGCCUACAUGCUGCAGAUGUCAGAGGAGGUUCUGGAUGAGUUGGACCUGAACAAGUACAGAACAUCAGAUGAGGGAAAACGGAGGCUGAUUCCAGCUGUGAGGAACUGCAGAAAGGCUCGACUUUCUAACUGUGGACUCUCAGAGAGUCACUGUGAAGUCGUGGCCUCAGCUCUGAAGUCCAACCCCUCCCAUCUGAUAGAACUGGACCUGAGCUGGAACAACCUGCAGGAUUCAGGAGUGAAGCAUCUUUGUGAUGGACUGCAGAGUCCAAACUGUAAACUGGAGACUCUCAGACUUUCUAACUGUGGACUCUCAGAGAGUCACUGUGAAGUCGUGGCCUCAGCUCUGAAGUCCAACCCCUCCCAUCUGAUAGAACUGGACCUGAGCUGGAACAACCUGCAGGAUUCAGGAGUGAAGCAUCUUUGUGAUGGACUGCAGAGUCCAAACUGUAAACUGGAGACUCUCAGACUUUCUGACUGUGAACUCUCAGAGAGUCACUAUGAAGUCGUGGCCUCAGCUCUGAAGUCCAACCCCUCCCAUCUGAUAGAACUGGACCUGAGUGGAAACAACCUGCAGGAUUCAGGAGUGAAGCAUCUUUGUGAUGGACUGCAGAGUCCAAACUGUAAACUGGAGACUCUCAGAUUGAUUGGCUGCAGGUUGUCAGAGAUCAGCUGUGAUUCUCUGGUCUCAGCUCUGAAGUCCAACCCCUCCCAUCUGGAACAUCUGGACCUGAGUGGAAACAACCUGCAGGAUUCAGGAGUGAAACAUCUGAGUGGUUUUCUGGAGAGUCCAGACUGCAUCCUGAAGACUCUGGGAUUGAAGAGCUGCAGGUUGUCAGAGAUCAGCUGUGAUUCUCUGGUCUCAGCUCUGAAGUCCAACCCCUCCCAUCUGGAACAUCUGGACCUGAGCUGGAACAACCUGAAGGAUUCAGGAGUGAAACAUCUGAGUGGUUUUCUGGAGAGUCCAGACUGCAUCCUGAAGACUCUGGGAUUGUGGCGCUGCAGUUUGUCAGAGAUCAGCUGUGAUUCUCUGGUCUCAGCUCUGAAGUCCAACCCCUCCCAUCUGGAACAUCUGGACCUGAGCUACAACAACCUGCAGGAUUCAGGAGUGAAACAUCUGAGUGGUUUUCUGGAGAGUCCAGACUGCAUCCUGAAGACUCUGAGAUUGAUUCGCUGCAGUUUGUCAGAGAUCAGCUGUGAUUCUCUGGUCUCAGCUCUGAAGUCCAACCCCUCACAUCUGGAACAUCUGUACCUGAGAGGAAACAAGCUGAAGGAUUCAUCAGUGAAACAUCUGUUAGAUCUUGUGGAGAGUCCAGACUGCAUCCUGAAGACUCUGAUGUCAGUAGAAGAUGGAAGUGAUGCUGAUCAGGACGGUGUUUGUGCUGAGAGGAUGAAGUGUGUCCUGAUGAUCCAGAUGUUGAAGCAGCAGCAGCUGGUGUGUAGAGACUCUGACUGGACCAUGUUACUGCACUGUAAAACAUCAGGAAUUCAUUCAGUCAAAUCAACUCAUCUGUUCUAGUUUACUUUAGAGAAAUACAGGAGUUUUACUAAUUACUAAUUAUUUCAACUUAAAAUGUCUCAUUUUUCUUUUCAAACCACUUUAGAACUAAAAACAUGAAUUUGUAGAACUUGAGGCAUUUUUUCUUCAAAUAUUGAGUUGAAUGAAUGAACAGCUCAGAGUUCACUCAACUCAUUAAAUUAAGUUCACAAGAAACAAAACAAACACAGAUUUCCCCGUUAAUGUUCACAUGAUACCAUGACUGUAAAAAAUGAUCAUUAUUUUACAACCAGUUCUGUUUGUUUUGUUCAAUUACAAACAAUAUCUAGUAAAAUCCCAGAAAAGUAUUAACUUCCAUGUUCAACUGUAAAUAAUGUCCACAUCAAUAGGGUUAGGUAUUUUAAUAAAUAGUCAUUUGUUCUUUAACAACAUUUUUACUUUAUUUUAAUCAGCAACAAGUCACAUUAUUUUACAGAUAUUUGUCCUCAUUUUAAAGACUAUUUAUGUUUAUUAAAGAUUGAAAAUGAGAAAUAUUUUGACACUUAAUUUACAUUUUUGCUGUGUUUUGUUAAAUUACAGAUAAUCUGGAAUAAAAUGACAGAAAAAAUGUUCAUUUAUUCAGAAUGUUUGCUGUAAAAAACUGUAGAAUAAUGUGAACAUUAAAAUUCACUAUUUUAAUAAAUGUUCAUUUGUUCUUUUAUACCAUUUAACUCUCACACUCUUGUUUAUUGACUUUAAAUCAGCAAAAAAUAUCAUUUUUCCAGAAUCUGAAGGACAAACUAUGUAUAUGUAUACGAUAUAUAUUAAUUCUAUUAAAGGCAGAAAUGAUUCCAAAGCA